AUGGCCGACUUCCCUCGCACCAGCACGAAUCACCCCUCACCCACCUCUUCCCACCCCCGCGCAUCCCCCUCCGGCUCCACAUCCACCCAUCCCGCAUCCCCCACCUCCACCCCUCGAACCCUCCGCAUAGGAACUCGCCCCUCCGCCCUCGCCCUCGCGCAAGUGGCACUCUUCACCGACCUCCUCCGGACCUCCCACCCAACCCUCUCGACCACCACACACCCAACGUCUACAUCUCUCGGCGACACGAACAAAUCGACGGACCUCCACACUCUAGCGUCGACCGGGAAAUCGUUAUGGACGGAGGAUCUAGAGCAGGAACUGCUGGAGCGGCGCGUGGACGUGAUCGUACACUCGCUGAAGGACGUGCCCACGAAGCUACCCCCCGGGUGCGUGUGCGCCGCCGUGGGCGCGAGGGAGGAGGCCCGGGACGCCGUUGUGAUGAGCGCGGCGAGGCGAGGGGAGGGGUGGCGGGGGUUGGGCGACUUGCGGGAGGGAGGGGUGGUGGGCACGUGCUCGGUGCGGCGAGCGGCGAUGAUCCGGAGGACGUACCCUCAUCUCGUGAUCAAAGACGUGCGGGGAAACGUGGGCACCCGGAUCCGCAAGCUCGACGACGCCGCCGGAGGAUUCGACGCCCUCGUCCUCGCCGGUGCGGGCGUGCAGAGGCUGGGCAUGGGGGAAAGGAUCAGCGGCUGGCUGGGGAGCGAAGAGGGGGUUCUGUAUGCAGUUGGGCAAGGUGCGAUCGGUGUGGAGUGGAGGGAAGGCGAUGAGUGGAUCGAAGGCAUCUUGGCGGAGGCGGAGGAGGGGAUGGGGAAGGCGGGGAGGAGGGUGAGGUGGGAGUGUGUGGGGGAACGGUCGCUGCUCCGGGUGCUCGAAGGCGGCUGCUCGGUUCCCGUGGGCGUGGAGUGUGUUUGGGAGGAAGGGGGACUGCAGGAAGGGGACGGUAGGGGAACAGACGCAGUGGUUGAGCAGGCGGAUAAACACCACAACGGUUACGAACAAGAUGACGCCCUUCCCGAAGGUCCUGACCCCGAACGAGAAGGAUAUGGCGGUAUAUUGAUCAUGCGAGCCAUGGUCGUCAGCCUGGAUGGGAAAGAGUGCGUUGAGGGGACGAGGCGGCAUUAUGUCAGCUCUGAUGCAGAGGCGGAGGAGUGUGGGUGGCGGAUGGCACAAGAGUUGGUGGAGAACGGGGCUGGGGAGAUACUCAAGAAGAUCACGCUGAACAGGGACAUGAUCAGGAGCCAGGAUGGUGCUUGA